AGUGUCCAUUCGACCCUACCCUCCCUUACUCCAAAUUUGUAUAUGCAGUAACUUGCGCGCCUAUUAUACCAUCAACACCAUCAAUGAAUUACUGCAUCUUUCGAUAGUAACCAUGUGUUCAAAUUAGCCGUUGUGGAAUGAAAGAAAAACUAAUGGCUUGGGGUUUUUGAAAAUUAUUUACAAUUUUGAAUAAAAACAUUGUAAACCGCAUGUACUGAGGAUGUUUUCAUACUUCUCGUUCAACCUAACCUCGAUGAGAGCGUCGAUUUCCGCUGUAAGAUAGGCAAAAACAAGAGAAAAACACUCCGAAGCUGCAACAAUGAACUUGGGCGCAACGAGAUGUAUGUUAUUGUUUCAGUUGAAAACUACAAAAUUGUUGAUGAAUAAAAUAAAUGUGGAGAAGCACUUGAAGCACCUAAGUAGUCGGCUUUACUGCAAUGUGGAUAAGAAAAACACGUCCUCAUCAAGAAAGUCAUUUGGAGGAGAGAAAACAAAGGGCCUGCGUGCCAAAAUAAUUCACGAAUUUAGAGAGACAAAGCACAAAGUCGAGGAAAUUAUUGAGAGGGAAAAUAUAUGGACUGUUCCUAACUUGCUCUGCAUUGGCAGGAUAGUAUCGACGCCUUGUUUGAGUUACUUGAUAGUUUCUCAUGAUUAUCAGGUAGCUCUGUGGCUUCUGGGAUUCGCUGGGCUAACAGACUUCGUUGAUGGCUGGAUUGCAAGGACAUGGACGUCUCAAGCGUCUAAAUUAGGUAGUUUUUUGGAUCCAAUGGCUGACAAACUGCUCGUUGGCUCUUUAUUUUUAUCAUUGGCAUGGGUGGAACUCAUCCCCAUGCCUCUGAUGGUGCUUGUACUCGUUAGGGAUGUCGGUUUGAUUGCUGCAGCAUCCUACAUUAGAUAUCGUUCCUUACCUGCGCCUAAAACAUUAACGAGGUAUUUUGAUCCGACGUAUGCAACAGUUCAGCUAGCUCCCACAUUGACUAGUAAAUUAAAUACAGCAGUUCAACUGUCAUUAGUUGCCAGUACUCUUGCAGCUCCAGUUUUUCACUUCGUUGACCAUCCACUCCUCCAGGGUCUCUGUUAUCUAACAGCCAUCACUACAGUGGCUGGUGGUAUUAGUUAUUUGAUGUCGAAAAAUACUUAUAAAUAUCUUUCAAAGAAAAAACACUCGGAAAAUCCACCAUCGUGACGGUACAUAUGGAUAAAUUUUAUUGUUGUUUACUUUUAUGAUGAUUAAAAUACUAUAAAAAUUUGAA